AUGGCCCAACCAUACGAUAUACAAACCUACCUCCUCGAUAAGGAGAAUAUCCGCGACACUCUUCUCCGCAUGAUGUUCGCCUACGACCACCACCUCCCCCUCACCCCAACCCUAAUCAACCAAGUCUACACCCCACAAAUAACAAUCAACUACCCUAACACCCUGAUCGGCACUGGACGCGAAGAAAUGACCAGCCAAACAUGGGCGGAGAGGUUGGAGGGUUUUCAUGAUGCGUAUGAUACGACGGAGCAUAUUAUCCAGUUCGUUACCCCCACCACCUUCUCCCAUUUUCGCUGGAAUAGAAAGGAUGAGGUUGAUGGAUGUGAAAGGAAUUUACUAGCCCAUUUACCGCAACCAUCACCCACGACGACGAGACCGGAGACGUGCAGAGUUAAUGCUUAUGCACAUGGAUACUUUUAUAAGCUUGAUGAGAAGGGUUUGCCGCGUGAAAUGGCGAGGAGGCAGGGUGGAUAUUAUGAUCUUGAAAUGGUGCGCGUAAAAGAGAUUGAAGAGCGAGGCGAGAAUCCGUGGAGGAUUAGGGUGCAGGAUGUAUCGUUGGAUUGGCAGGAUUUGCCGAAAGAGUGA